AUGAAAACCAUAAAGGAGAAAAACAAGAGGCAAGGAUAUGCUUCAAAAAUGACCAAACUUGCAAUCAUACCUUUCACUGUACUACUGGAAACUGUUUUCUUGAAAAAACAAUUCAGCCAGAAGAUAAAGCUCUCCCUUCUCCUCCUACUUCUUGGAGUUGGGAUUGCUUCUAUAACAGAUCUUCAGCUCAAUUUCGUCGGGACAAUACUUUCUCUUCUAGCUAUUGUAACAACUUGCGUUGGUCAAAUUCUCACAAACACAAUACAGAAGAGACUCAAUGUGUCAUCCACACAGCUGCUCUACCAGUCAGCCCCAUUUCAAGCAGCUAUUCUUUUUGUCUCAGGCCCUCCGGUAGAUCAGUUCCUCACCAAGCAAAAUGUCUUCUCACACAACUAUACUCCGAUUGUCUUGGGAUUCAUAAUCCUUUCCUGCUUGAUUGCUGUUUCUGUCAACUUUAGCACCUUUCUAGUUAUUGGCAAGACGUCACCUGUUACAUAUCAAGUCCUUGGCCAUUUGAAAACAUGCCUGGUUCUUGCAUUUGGUUAUACACUGUUGCAUGACCCUUUCACCGAGAGGAACAUCCUUGGGAUACUAAUCGCCAUUGUCGGAAUGGGCUUAUAUUCUUACUUCUGCACCAAUGAGAAUAAGAAGAAGCAAUUAGGCGAGCUUCCAGUGGGGCCUCAGAUUAAAGACAAAGAUACUACACCACUUUUGGCUGUGAAGACCAUGGGCCAUCAAGACAAAGAAAGUGCAGAAGUUAAGAAAUCAAGCAAGGACUCUCUUGUUUAA